CAAAUCGCACAUCUUACCAGUACAUUCGCCUGUAUCGCGGCUCUUGCCAUUUUGCUUGAUGGUGCAGAUCAAAGCUUUAUCAAUGAAACGUGCGCCCGGAUCGAUAGGAAAAAAAUGUACGAAUGGAUGCUAAGUCUCAAGACGCCUAAUGGUAGUUUCGCAAUGCAUCAGGAUGGUGAUAUUGAUGUUCGGGGCUGCGCUACUGCCUUGAGUGUGGCAACAGUUCUCAACCUACUUACACCGGAACUGGUCAAAAACCUCCCAGAAUACCUUGUGAGUUGCCAAACCUACGAAGGUGGGAUCUGUGCCGAUUCUUUCUUUAAUAGUAUGGCAAAACCUGAAGGCACCCAACCUGAAUAUCCCAACGCAGCCCCCACAGGCGAGGCUCAUGGUGGCUACAGCAUGUGUGCUCUGACCUGUGACUUUCUCCUUCAAGGAUUACCCAGUCUCUCAGGUAGUCCUAGGUUGGACUAUGAUUCGUGCCUGCGCUGGGCAGCACACAUGCAAGGCCUUCCCAUCGAAGGGGGCGGCUUCCGAGGACGCACCAAUAAGCUGGUUGAUGGUUGCUAUGGGUGGUGGUGUGGAAGUGCACUUACGCUUCUCCAAGCCCUCAUGUCCACCGACCUUUCUACAGGUUUGUCUCCAAAAAGCUUUUACGAGCAGGGAUGCUCUGAUCUAUUGGAUCGGCAAGCAUUACAAGAGUACAUCCUUCUUAUAUCGCAAGACCUUACGCCAAAUGCCAAGAAAGGGGGGCUGCGUGAUAAACCAUGCACUCCGCCAGAUUUAUACCACACCUACUACAUUCUAGGUGCUCUCUCGAUAAUGCAACACACCCAAAAACAUUCUUUCCAAAGAAUUCAGGAACUCAAACAAAACUUCAAGAGGCCCCAUUAUUCAAAAUGUAUUAUUGGGGAUUCAGAAAGCGAAAGCGACGCAUUUCAAAGAAUGAAAGAGAUAUACUCUAGAGUGUUAGGAUGGGAAGUCCAAAAAGGCUUUGAUCAUAAAAUCCUGACUAAGGAUUACAUCCCUACUCCUGCGGAGAUAGGAACCUGUGCAUCCAAUUUUCAACAUUAA